AUGCAGUCCGACGGCGAUGCGGCCGGCAGCGAUGCGGCCAGCAGAGUAGACCAGGCAGACAGUGUGCCCUGGGCCCGCGUCACAGCCUGCGCUGGCGUGUACACCGCGCCGACGGCAUUAGUGGUGGCACCAGCGCUGGCCGAUGCGCGCGUGCUGGCUGCGACGGGCUGGGCGCCGGGCGCAUUGACGCUGGCGUCGGGACUCAUGUUCGUCGCGAGCGCGCCGGGCGCCAUCGUCGGCUCAAGUGCAGCUGACCGCUUCGGCCGGCGGCCCGUCGCCUUCUGGACGACCCUCGGCUGCGGCAUUUGCAUCGCCGUCGGUGCCGCGGCGCCACGACAGGGUGCUCUGCUCUACGUCGCCAUGCGCGUGAUAGGUGGCGCGGUCAGCGGUGGCACGGCGCCGACGGCGUUCUCGUGGGCGAUGGAGUUGACUCCCCACAAAGCGCGCACGCGCGCGACCACGGCGAUGAACGUGCUGUGGGUGCUGGGCCCGCUCCUCAUCGCGGCGUGGCACGUCGUGACAAGGCGCCUGUCCUGGCGCGUCGAAGCUCUGGGCCUCGCGGCGUUUCCGCUCGUCGCCGCGGCCGUCGCGCGUGUAUCCGUACCGGAGUCGCCGGAAUUCCUCGCGACGCGCGCGGCGCCGCCGCCGCAGCGCGAGCCCGAAGUCUACGGGAUCGUGGGACACCUCGACCCCGACGUCGCCGCUGCCGACGCCGUCGCGCCGGCCGAGCCGCUCGAGGCGCCGCGCUCGCGCUCGCCCCUCGCGCGAUUGUGGCACGAGCAUCGGCGGCCGCUCGUGCCGCUGAUCCUCAGCUGGGCCUGCGUGUCGGCGUCGUAUUACGGCCUGGCCUACUCGGCGGGCGCGCUGUCGAAGCGCGUCGUGCUGAACUUCGUGCUGCUGAACGUCGCGGACGUGCCGGGAUACUUCGCCGCGGGCUACCUCACGAAGCUCGGAGGUACGGAGCCCGUGAUGGUCCUGUUCUCUUGUCUAGCGGGCGUGAGCCUCGUGCUCGUCGCCCUAAAAGCGCCGGCGGGCGUGGGCAUCUUCGGGAAAUUCUGCACGGCGGGAAUGUUUCAGCAGAUCUACGCGAUGACGACGGAGCGCUUCCCCGCCGAGGUCCGGGCCACGGCGUUUGGCGUGUGCCGCGUCGCGGCUAUGUUGGCGACCUUCUUCGCACCACCGCUCGCGAGGACCGCGGAGAGCGACGCCGCCGCCUUCCUCGUUUUCGCAUUGAUGGCAGGCGUAGUAGCUGUCUGUGCGCUCGUGCUCCGGCCGCGACGGGCGAGUAGCUCCCCGGGCGGUGGGGGGGGCUAUUAG